AUGUACCCCUUAGCGGCCUUUUCCCUGUACAAGUUCGUUCCGCCCAGCCUUGCUGCCGGUGGCCUUCGCUUUAUCAUUAUCGCAGGAGCAUUGGGCGAGCCCUGCGCUGCCGCGGCAGCAGCUCUUGGCAGCUUCCUGCAGCGCCAGCACCCGGGAGCAGAAGUGCUGAAGAAAUUCAAUGGAUCUGCGCCGGAGGGGCUCCUCUCGGAGGAUUUGGCCGGAGAUGGCUCGGAUGAGGAGUUUGACUUUGCUUUGCAGGUCUUUGCUCCUGUGCUAUUUCGCUCGCCAAGUUCCUUCUCCCUUUGGGCAGCGCUGGCAAGGAAUGAGGACCAGCCCGUGAUCUCCAGCCAAAACCCACCUCAGCAUGCAGCCUAUGGCUGGCGCUGGCCGCAAGCCAACUUCGGCCGCAACUGGAUCUGGGCCCAGACUCCGCUGCUGACUGCAGACGUUGUUGCCAAGCAUGGCUUUCAGUUCAAGGACCACGCUGUGUGGGUGAGAUGGCUGGAGACCCACUGA